ACCAGGGAAAGAGAAAAAGAGAGAGAGAAAGGGGGGAGAUCGGGACAACACCUCAUCAAGGAGAAAAAGGACAGAGUGAAGGCUUCUAAACUACACACAAUCCUGCUUAAACAUGACUUUGGCAGCAUAUCGAGACAAGGUGAAGGAGCUCCCUCUAGUGUCACUUCUGUGCUCCUGCAUCAACUCAAACCGUGCAGAAAACCCCACAUACAAGGCCGAGGAUGCGGUGGAUCUCAACUGGUGUGUGAUCAAAGAGAUGGAGGUCAUUGAGCUGAACAAGCGGACCUCGGGACAGGCUUUUGAGGUGAUCCUGAAACCCCCUUCCUUUGAUGUUGCGCCUGAGCUUAACACAUCCAUGCCCCAGCGUAAAGACCCGUCGCUGGAGGAGAUCCAGAAGAAACUGGAAGCAGCCGAGGAGAGACGGAAGUUCCAGGAGGCCGAGAUGUUGAAGCAUCUUGCUGAGAAGAGAGAGCACGAGCGAGAGGUCAUUCAGAAGGCCUUUGAGGAGAACAACAACUUCAUUAAGAAUGCUAAAGAAAAGCUGGAGCAGAGGAUGGAGGCCAACAAAGAGAACCGCGAGGCUUUGCUUGCUGCCAUGCUGGAGAGGCUACAGGAAAAGGACAAACACGCAGAGGAGGUGAGGAAGAACAAAGAGCUGAAGGAGGAGGCCUGUCGGUAGAGGAGCGAGCGCUUCGGCUGAUGAAAACCAAGCAAACGGUAGCCAAUACAUCUCAAAAAAGGGGGACUUAUUGGAUAUUGAUUACGACAAUUUGCAACACACCAAGCUUUUGUGGGGUUUAACAACAUCCGAACUACUUCAUAUUAUUAAAAACAGGACAAAUAUUGUCCGGAUGACAAUGCAAGGUGCACUGAGAGGGUUAUAUGUCGCUUGAUGGAGGACAAAUGGUUGAUUCAGAGAAGAUAUACGUUUAUAUGCGUAUAUAUAUUAUACCAAACUGACCGGAGAGUAGGACAGGAAGUGAAAUCAUUGAAGAGAUGCUUCAGAUGAAUGCAUUAACAUAAAUCUUAAAAUCAUCUUUUACUAAUGGCAAUAUCUUUACAGUCUAAAUCUUAAAACACGUGCCAUCUACUGUGACAUUCUCUCAUGCUUCUUUAACUAUCUUUUUAUAUUAAUAUUCAGAGUUUCAUGAAACCUGACGCAUGCUUACUCAAUAAUCAGGCAAUUAGUACAGUAUCACAUUCCCCGCUAUGAGGAUGUGAAAAUGAUCUAUUUAAUAAUAUAUGAGAAGAUGUUUGUAAAUCUGAAAGCUCAUAUCCCUGUCACAAAUGAAAAGUGGAGCACAGUGACACUUUAAGCACAACUCAGAAGCACAUUUAGCUUUUUCAUGCAUAGCAUUUGUAUUAUCAGUAGGAAAACACAUAGCAGCAUCUCGGAAAUGAAUGUAUCAAGCUGUGAGGAAAAACAAUAGAUCCUGUUUGGAUUUGGGAAGUGGUUUGGAUGUGAAUGGUGCACUUUGCUUUGGCAUGACACUGAGCUUUAUUCUGUUUAUUUUACUCGUCGGAAACAAAGUUAAAGGAGUUUGAUGUUGUACCUGCAGCGUCAAAAAAAAAAACGAGCCGUUGUUUGUGCAAUGGUGACAAGUGAUGUUAAUCGACCAGUGAGAAAAUGAAACGUCUAUGCUUUCUGUGUUUGUAAUUUCCCGAUGACUAAAUUCUCAAGUUAAACAGUUCAAUAAACGCUUCUCUUAACUAAAUCUAAA